AUGGUUUAUCAACUUGGACGGCACCAAGAAGCUUUGCAGGAUUUUGCGCUGGCUUUGACGUUGGAUCCUCGCAGUGCUGUCUUUUAUCAUAACCGCGGCUAUUGUCUUCGAAACAUGGGGCGCUUUGAAGAAGCUGUGCAAGAUUACAGCUCGGCUCUUGCUCUGGAGCCUCGCAAUGUCGCUGCGUAUAAUAACAGAGGGUACGCAUUGCGUAAGCUUCGACGCUUUCAAGAAGCUGUCGCCGACUACACCACCGCGCUGACUAUUGACCCACAAAACACAAGAACGCUCAGUAAUCGAGCCUAUUCGUUAGCGAAGAUGCAACAUAUCGAAGAAGCCAUCGCAGAUUACUCCCAGAUAUUGACACUAGACCCUCAGAAUUCAUACUCGCGCCACAACCGUGCAAUUCUUACGGCCAAGAUGAAAGCGACAUAG